AUGCCACGAUUAAAUAAAUUUACUUUCAGUAUAAAUACAGAACUUCUCAUCGAAAAUGAUAUAAAAACUGAUAUUACAACAAAAGAAGACAUUCAACAUAGUUUCAUUGGUAAAGAAUUUGAACAAGUUCAAGUUGGUUCAUAUGUCUAUUAUAAACGAUUGUGUUCCAUAAUUGAAUAUCAUAUCUAUACACUUCCAUAUCAAUUUGAAAAAUUUCUUCAUCUAAACAACUCUUUUCAAGGUGGGAUGUUUCAUAAUGUUCGAUGUUUGACGAUGAAGGAUGAUACACAUAAUUUUGAACACCAAUUAUUGAAAGUCAUUUCGCAAGAUUUUCCUUUUCUCAAAGAAUUAAUUAUUAAGAAUAUUCUACCACAACAGAAGCAACAUUCAUCGUCAUUGAUUACAUUUCGUCAUCUUAUCCUUCUGAAUCUAGUUCAAGCACAUGUUGAUUAUGCUGAAGAAUUUCUCAUCGAUAAAAACAUUCAUUUACCUAGUUUAUUGAAUCUUCGCAUCAAGUUUGAAUCACUUGAAAUGGUAACAAAGAAUUUUACAAACGAUACAACACGUUUUACUUGUGCUAAAUUAAAAAAACUACAUAUAGAUGACGAGUUUGUUAAGUCAAAAAAUUUUCAAAAUGUUUUAAGAAUAGCCAAUUUUCGGUUAGCGAACUUUAUCGGUUUACCAUCAAGAGUUAUGCCUCAUAAAGUUGUUACAAGAUGGUAUCGAUCACCUGAAUUACUUUUGGGUGCAAGAAAAUAUGGUACUGCUGUCGAUAUAUGGGCAGCUGGUUUAAUUAUGAUCGAAUUGCUACUUCGAGUAGUAUUAUUACUUAGUGGUUUUGAUCUUGAUCACUUAUUGAAAAUAUUUGAAGUGGUUGGAACAGAUUAA